AUGAAGUUGCUCAUCCAGUUGCACGACCACACCGGACAUGUACAUGAUAGAUUAAGAUAUGAGUUUAAUAAUGAAGACACAAUAAAACAAUUGCAAAAUAAAAUCUGUUCCAUAUGGAAAAUAGAACAAGAACAUCAGCAAAUUUUCUUUGACAAUGGAAGUGAGCUUGAUGCAGCCACAAAAGUUACUCUUCAAUCAGUUGGACUUAAGGAUGAGAGUAAAGUUAUCAUCGUAAGUUCUCAAACUUUCAUUAUACUCAUUACUGGAUAA